ACAAAAGUUAUAUAAUCAAAAGGAUAAACUUAUGGUCAUUCCUUUUACUGCAUUGCACACGGCUGGAGAAUACACAUCUUAUGAACGAGGAAGACUACAAGGAGAAUCUGAAGUGGCUGGUUUUAAGGACUACGAUGCUGAGAGUGAGAGGCAGAAAAGCGUGGAAGCUUUUUACAAAUCUCCAUAUAUCAACCAAACUGUUGCUUUUGUGACAAAGAUGAGGGCUGAUUUUGGAAAAUUGGAUAAAAAGGUGAUGAGCAUUUGGGAAUGCUGUGAGCUCCUUAACGAGGUCGUAGAUGAGAGUGAUCCAGAUCUUGAUGAGCCUCAGAUUCAACAUUUGCUUCAAUCCGCGGAAGCCAUCCGCAAGGAUUACCCUAACGAAGAUUGGCUUCAUCUAACUGCCCUCAUCCAUGAUCUUGGUAAGGUUAUGACUCUUCCACACUUCGGAGGACUUCCUCAAUGGGCUGUUGUUGGUGACACAUUCCCUGUUGGGUGUGCGUUUGAUGAAUCUAACGUACACCACAAGCAGUAUCUUCUGGAAAAUACCAACCCAUCCUACAACACCAAAAAUGGAAUCUACAGUCAAGGAUGUGGACUAAACAACGUCAUGAUGUCAUGGGGCCAUGACGACUACAUGUACAUGAUUUUGGGAAGGAACACUUUCACAAUUCGGAGGACUUCCUCAAUGAGUUACUGUUGCAAGUACAACUUAUACAGCAAGAUCAAAGUUCACGUUGAUGUGGAGAAGGUCAAGUCCUACACUCCUACUACAUGUCCCUUAUCUAGAAAGUGAGUAUAUAUUCUUUUACAAUUGUUAAGAAAAUUAUGAGUUUUCA